AAGCGCUUGGUGUUAAAGCUACAGUUUGGCAACGUUGGGUGUCAGACUGUCUGUUCAUUGACAAGACAAAUAACUAAAUAGAAAAAUAAGAAAAUGUCGGCAUUGUCUGUCAAGGAUUUGAACCAAUUGUUAACUAUCUUAGAUGCCGAGAAUGUCGCUAAUCAAAGUGUCGAGGCCUUGGCAUCUCAGCUGGGGGUGUUUAAUAAACAAGAAUAUUUUAAAGUUGGUAACGCCUUAGUUAUGCUACUUCAGAAUGCAGAUCUGCUACCAUCAUCAUCACAGAGACUGGCUGCAGUGUUAUUGCUGCAUGAGCUUUUCAAGCCAGAUGCUCAAAAUUUCCAUCCAUUCUCCUCAGUUUUUGUACAGCUUCUUGCUGAAGAAUCUUUAUUAGCAAAGAGACCAGAGUCAUACAGACUACCAAAACUAAGUCCCCCAGAAAAGAUUUAUUUAUCACACCUCAUAACUAAUCCCCAGAAAGACAUGUACAAAAAAACUCUCCGACAAAUAUUGAAUUUGGAGACCACCAACUCAAUGGCUGAUAUUUCAGCCCUUCAAACAAGUGUAUCAGAACGGCUUUCAGAUUACACAUUAGCAAGCAAAAGUAGACUACCAGCUAUCCUCUCUAUGCCCGACGUCAGACCGGGCUUCGAUCCAGCACUUCCGGAUAGUAGCGCAAUCAAAAAGACGGCUGAAGCUCUUGUUAUGGGGCCCAACGCUGCUAUACAAGAGUCUGUGGGUCCCGAAUUUGUUCGACUGGCCCCUCCCCUCUUUUGCCCAGAUGAGCUCGUGUGGCUUGAUCCGAUAGGCGAAGCUGACCACACGAUCGCCUACGACACAACAGUUUGCAUACCUAGAGGGGCCGGCUCUGAAGCUCGUCGACUGAUUUCGCAAGCUUUCACCGGUUCUCUGACUCUGUUACAGCAGAACAGGCUACUAAGCGAAUUAGAGCGAGAUUCCCGUCUAGUCUAUCACGUGGGAAUAACCCCUAACAAACUACCUGCUCUAGUGGAAAACAAUCCACUCAUCGCAAUUGAGGUGCUUCUGCGACUAAUGCAGUCUUCUCAGAUAACAGAAUAUUUGAGCGUCCUGGUUAAUAUGGAAAUGUCACUGCAUUCGAUGGAAGUAGUCAAUCGGCUGACGACGGCUGUCGAGUUGCCAACUGAAUUUGUCCACUUAUACAUUUCCAAUUGCAUUUCAACGUGUGAAACUAUCAAAGACCGUUACAUGCAGAACCGUUUAGUCCGGCUAGUUUGCGUUUUCUUGCAGUCACUCAUUCGCAAUAAGAUCAUUAACGUUCAAGAGCUGUUUAUUGAAGUGCAAGCAUUUUGCAUAGGCUUCAGUCGCAUCCGCGAAGCAGCUGCCUUGUUUCGCCUGCUCAAACAACUCGACAGUGGUGAUCAAAGUGGCCUCAACACUACUUCAUCCAUCGCAUCUUUUCCCGGUCUGUCCUCACUCUCAGCCCCUUCGUUCAAUUCUCAGGCAUCACCCGUUGCAUCAGCUGCUAAAGGCAAAGGGGAAUGAAAUUGUUGUUAUUAGCAAUGACGCUCAAUCGUCUGUUCGCGUCAUAAAUGAUGUUGAAACGAAAGGCUUCGUACAGUAUAUGCUACAGAACAGAAGACUAGAGAGUACUGAAUAUGAUGUAUAAACUAUUUCACGAAUUUAUUGAUUUUCUCGUAAUUGCAUCGUAGCCAAAGUCGGAAAAGCAUUGAUAUAAACUUGUUUUCAUUGACAAAUACUAAUGCAUGUGAUGAGAAAGUACAGCGCUAUUAGCAGCCAUUCUUGCGGCGAUGCUACUCAAAUAUUGGCACACGUUUGUAGGAAUAAGGUGAUUUGAAUGAAUACAUUUGAUUUACCUUGUA